UCUUUAAUCUGAGUUGAUGUCUGACACCGUGCAGGUUGAUGCCCGCGACACCGCCAACUUUGAUCGCGAGUUCACUUCCGAAGCCCCUACGGACUCAUACGUCGAUGGACCGGUCCUGUCGCAGACCAUGCAGCAACAGUUCGAAGGAUGGUCUUACAACCGUCCCGUUGCUGGGUUAGGUGACGCCGGAGGUAGUGUGAAGGAUCCAUCUUUCGGCAGCAUCCCGGAGUAAGCAGCUGCAGGCUCAGUGUCCCGUUUUCCUUUCGAAUAGGUAUUGUCGUCAAUGCGCAGCCUGUCGCUUUCGACGGUUCAAUCGAAACGAGUCCCGUUUGUACCUCUUCAUUUUUUUUUUCGUUCUUUUCUUUUUUUCACAUGCCGCUAGACUUCCGCUGUUUCUCAGAUCUGACCGUGGUGUCGAAUUCGCGGUAUCUUGCAUGCAGUCUUUUCUUCUCUGGAUCUAGAUUUUCUUUCAACGGCGAUGUGGCUCUUCACAGUCGGGUGCAGUUCUCUUUCUCUUCGAUCGCUCGCGCUUCACACAGGCAGGUCCCUUGCAUAGCCCACGCCACCCUCCUUCCUCCAUCAAGUCCUUGCUGUGUCAGCUUUCCGUUCUUUGUUGCUUAUGUUGCCCGUCUCUUCGGAAACAUACAGGCCGAGGAGGAAAAGGAAAGCAGCCAAAGACUGAAUUUUCUCACCGUUCACCCAACAUACCCCCGAUCGUAUUUACCUGGUUUCCUCGCGAGAUUCCUGGGCUUUGUUCACACAAGUGUUGUCUGUUUCGAUCCGCCGGUCCGAUCCCAGUUCGUCUCAAACGUUCGCGAAAUGCAUGCAAUUGGCGUGGAACUCAAAUUAAGUCAUAAACUGUUUUUUUCUUUCUCCCUCAAAGACUCCCUUGUUCAAUCGGUUUAUUCGGUCCUGUUUUCUCUCUCUCGUCAAUUGUUUCCAUGGUAUGGAUCUCUUAGUCUCGCCGUUCGUUUUCUCACGUUGUCUGGGCCCUUCGCUGGGACCGACUCAAUGUAGAGCAACAACAAAUAUAAGAGAUCUCUGAAAACUGUCGCCUACCAUGAUUAGG